AUGCCGACGGAAAUGAUACUUGGGAUACGCGUGUUUUGUUUUUUCUAUCGCCCAUCUCUUGCGCUGAAAUUGGCAAACCCAGUUCCAUCUUCACGAAGGGAGUCACUGAAUGCUCCUGGAUGUGAUGCAAUCCAUAUAAUUGAAAUUGAAACAGACAUUGAUUACGACACUUUCAUACCAUCUAUCAACACUUCAGAAUUCCAACUAUGGUAUUCGUCAUUCCCACAACUUGAGAAUGGAAUCCGCCAUUCCUUCACUACAUAUGUUCGUGUGAAAAGCUCAGGAAUUGAAGCCCCCAAGGUUAAUGGAUCGUUGUCUGAAUGUCAUUCCGACUCACCAAAAUUUGAUGCAAGAAUGUUCUCUUUGACCAACAGGAACAACUUGGAAGGGCCUAAAAAUGGCAAAGCUUCAACUCUCACCAUUUCCAAGAAACUCAAGCUUGAAGACUUGAUAGGAUAUGAUUUAGCAGUUGCUGUGUCAAAAGAAUUCGCCACUGCUUUUCCUGAUCGCACUUUCAUCUCUCCUAUAGUUGACCUUCUUCGUAAAAAUUGGCGAAAUGGUAAUUUAACUGUAGCCAUGACUGAUGAAGAAAUAGUAGAGAUAGUGUUGUUCCCUGUGGUGAAUGAAGCAUGUCGUGUUCUAGAGGAAAAAAUUGUUGUUAAAGCAUCCGAUCUUGACAUUGCAUCUGUUCUUGGGAUGAGUUUUCGUUCAUAUCGUUGUGGCAUUGUUUUUUGGGCAGAUGUUGGGAGUAAACACAUAUAUACAGGUGAUGAUUCGAGUAUUUAUACGCUUUUGGCUAACAUUUAUGUUUCUGUUGGGAGAUGGGAAGAUGUGAUGAAGGUAAGAAGGAAAAUGAGAGGUGAUGGAGUUAGAAAGGAGCCUGGGUGUAGUUCUAUUGAGGUUAAUGGAAAUGUUUAUGAGUUUCUUGCUGGAGAUGCUUCUCAUCCUGAAAUGAAUGAUAUUUAUUUCAGUUGGAACACAUUGUUUAAACAGUCAUUUGUGUGUGAGAAAUAUGAUGUGGAGCUAGUUAAUUUGGUUUCAAUAAAAGCUCUUGACAUGCUAUGUAGAUAG